CUCGUCCAGCUGCCGUCCCAGUGAAACCCAGAGCGGCCGUUUACAGUCUUUGCACAGCUUGUUGAUCAACCAGGACCGCAGCAUAUCCCCAAGAUGUUUUUGACAAGGAGUGAAUACGAUCGCGGUGUGAACACAUUCAGUCCCGAGGGACGAUUAUUCCAAGUAGAAUAUGCCGUCGAAGCCAUCAAAAUGGGCUCCACAGCCGUCGGAAUACAAACCGCAGAAGGCGUAGUGCUGGCCGUCGAGAAGCGGGCAACAUCCAGUCUCCUCGAGCCCAGCUCCAUCGAAAAGAUUGUGGAAAUCGACCAGCACCUUGGAUGCGCAAUAUCGGGGUUGACAGCCGACUCGAGGACGAUGAUUGAUCAUGCGCGUGUGGAGGCGCAGAAUCAUUGGUUUACGUAUAACGAGAGGAUCAAGGUGGAGAGUGUAACGCAAGCCGUGUGCGAUUUGGCCUUGCGAUUCGGAGAGAGUGCGGGGUCUGAGGAAGCCUUGAUGUCACGGCCAUUCGGCGUUGCGCUGCUGAUCGCGGGAUGGGACGAGAAUGGUCCUCAACUUUUCCACACAGACCCAUCAGGCACCUUCGUGCGCUACGAAGCCAAAGCAAUCGGUUCCGGAUCCGAAGGCGCCCAAACGGAGCUCCAAGAGCAAUACCACAAGUCCCUCACGCUGAAGGAGGCGGAGGUCCUGUCCCUGAAGGUUCUGAAGCAGGUCAUGGAGGAGAAGCUGAACGCGACCAACGUGCAGAUUGCGAUCGUCACGCCGAUCGCGAAGGAUGGGUCGGGGGGUUAUCGUGUUUUGCCGGAGGACGAGUGUCAGGCUGUUAUUGACCAACUAGCUUAAAGAGCAGAGGGCCUUUUUUGUUAGCUUGUGGAUACCCGCCGGUGACUUCAUGAAGACAUAUACGGUGAUGUGGACGCCACGUUUCUUGUACAACAUUCAUACAAACGGGAUCAUUCCAGAAAGGUUUACUGCCGACAUCGUUCAAGAU